AUGUCCAAGACCACUCUCGCUACCAUGGCCUGCCUAGGCGCAGGAGGCGGCGCUGCUAUUACUGCUGCUAUUUACUCCAUCCGGGGUGGAAAACGUAUGGAAGAGACCAAUACGCUAGCUACUACUUCUCCAACGACCUCGAAUUCCUUCGCCGCUCUUCCUGCUCCCACCGCUUCGCCCUCUAUUCCUUCAUCUCAGGUCUUUGGGCCCCCCGCCGCUGCCCCUCCUCCCCACACGCCCAUCGAUGCGAGCGCGAUUGUAAACCCUGCCGGUCUCUUCGAAUAUGGAUUUCCCGGCCCCGUCGCCGACGUUGCCAAUCGGUCUGGCCUUGUCUCUUCAUACGACCGCCGCCUACGAAACCCUCACUGGGUCGUCGAACACAUUACACCUGCGUCUCUUGCCAUUCGUGACGGAGACCGAAAACACAGCAACUUUGCCGAGGAUGAUUCAGUCCCGCAAAAGUUCCGAGCUUCUCUCAAGGACUACUUCCGCAGUGGCUUUGAUCGUGGCCACCAGGUCCCCGCGGCCGACUGCAAGUGGUCCCAGAAGGCCAUGGAUGAUACCUUUUACCUUACAAACAUGUGCCCUCAGGUCGGAGAUGGCUUCAACCGUGAUUACUGGGCGCACUUUGAGGACUUCUGCCGUCGUCUAACCGUCAAGUACCCCUCUGUUCGUAUUGUCACGGGUCCUCUAUAUCUGCCUAAGAAAGAGGCCGAUGGCAAGUGGUACGUCAAGUAUGAGAUGAUCGGCAGCCCGCCUUCUGUUGCUGUGCCCACGCACUUCUACAAGGUGAUCUUUGCCGAGGAUGGUCGUGUUGGUGGAAACGUCGCGCUGGGCGCUUUCGUUCUUCCCAAUGCACCCAUCCCCAACUCUAAGCCCAUCACCGAUUUCGAGGUUCCUCUUGAGGCCGUUGAGCGCGCUAGUGGCCUCGAGUUUGCUGCUAAGCUACCUCCUCAGCGAAGACGUCGUCUGUGUGCUGAUCACACUUGUGCUUUGGUGAUUCGUGAUUAUGCGGAUAAGCAAAAGGCUUUCCCCAAGAAGUGA